UAAAAUUCUACGUUUUGCAUGAGACUAGGGAAUUUCGUCAAAAAUUGGAGCCGCGCAAUUUACCAAAACAAUCGGUUUGCCAUUCGCCCCGAACGCAUAGGUAUUGGAAUAUCCCACAGCGGACACCGCCUAAAGAGGACAAGAGAGAUCACCAUGGCGCAAUAUUAUUACUUUGACAUAAAACUCAAACUGCGAGAUCCGGAUACAGUGGUUUUGACCCCAGCCCUAUUUCGUAGCUGUGUUCUCAAUGCCUUGGAUAGUUUUUUUUGUGAGGAGAAGCCCACCCUGGUCGUAAAGUUCUGCGCCCAGCAGCAACGCGUUAUUUUUCGAGUCCCAGAGGACCUAUAUGAAAUGACACGCAUCUCCCUGGAUCUAAUAGGCCACUACCAGGAAACGCCAUGCCAUUUCCAGGUUCUCCAAACCUCAAUCAGCUUAGACUUUGAGAAGAACAUUGAGAAGAGUCACGUAAAGCUGCCCGAUACCUAAUGCUAGCGAUUUAACCUCUUAUUAAACACCCAUAAACCUAUGAUUGUGAAAUAUAAUACCAUAACCGUUACGGAAUAUUUGAAAUUUGCCAUUCACAACGAAUUAGAGUUGCUUAGC